AUGGAGGAGAGAGACGACCUCGAUGACGAUGGAGCAGAGGAAGGUAACACGAAGGAUAGAGGAUGGUGGUCGACGUUGAUGUCGAGGUGCCUGGGCAAUAUUGAUCUCUCUGGAAAUAAAUUGUAUGGUGAGGUUCCACCUAUAUUUCCCAGUUCGCGGAAUCAGGAAAUUUUUCUAGGUUCUAACCAGUUCAAUGGUUCAUUACCUCUUGUUUCAUCAACAGUAGAAAUACUAGAUCUUUCCAACUCAUCGUUUUCUGGAACGCUCUUUCACUUUUUCUGUAAUAAUAAUAGUGAACCAAAGGCACUUGAAAUUCUUCAUCUGGGCAAGAAUCUUCUAUCUGGAAAAAUUCCUGACUGUUUCAGAAACUGGGCAACCUUGGUAGUUGUAAAUUUAGAAAGCAACAAUUUAAUUGGGAAUAUUCCAAGGUCUUUGGGCUACUUACUCUUCCUCCAAUACUUGCACUUGCGCAAUAAUCACUUGCAUGGGGAGUUGCCUCCAUAUCUAAAGAAAUGUACAGAUUUGACUAUUCUUGACCUUGGUUACAAUAAGUUUCUAGGAAAGAUACCAAUGUGGAUUGGAACAAGCCUUUCAAAUUUGGCGAUUCUUAGCCUUCGUUCAAAUCAGUUUCAUGGCCACAUUCCGUACAAACUUUGCGAUCUCACAUAUCUCCAAAUAUUGGACCUCGCACAUAACAAUCUCUCAGGAAGAAUGCCAAGGUGUUUGUACAAUUUUACAGCAAUGACCACCCGUUUAUACUUUAAUCAUCCAUUUUAUAUUGUGGGCCGAAUAGAGAAUGCAAACGUGGUGACAAAAGGCAGAGAAGUGAAAUAUGGAAACAUUCUUCUUAGCUUGGCAGUUAGUUUGGACCUUUCAGACAACAUUAUCUCUGGAGAAAUCCCUGAAGAACUUACCAGCCUCAUCUACUUGCAGUCGGUGAAUUUGUCUUAUAAUCUUUUGAGUGGAAGAAUACCUCCGAAGAUUGGUGAUAUGAGAAGGUUAGAAUCUCUUGAUUUGUCCAUGAAUCAACUUUGUGGUCAAAUUGCUCCAAGUAUGUCAAGUUUGACAUUUCUCAGUGCCUUGAACUUGUCCUACAAUAAUUUGACAGGCGAGAUUCCGAAAAGCACUCAACUUCAGAGUUUGGAUCAAUCCAGUUUUAUUGGUAAUAAACUUUGUGGCCCUCCACUUGAAGUGAACUGCAGUAAUACCAACGGGACAGUACCACCGGUAGCCGAUCAGAAACACGGAGGAAGUUAUUUGCUUGAAGACGGUUGGUUCUAUCUGAGCGUGGGACUAGGAUUUCUGUUCGGUUUUUGGAGUGUUCUUGGCUCGUUGUUGUUGAACUUGCCAUGGAGCAUUGUCUUUUCUCGGUUCCAAAAUAGCAUUGUGAAGAAGCUUUAUGGGGUAAUUGUUGAACAUUUUUAA